CUCUGUGCCGUGGGUAAGCCUAAGCGGUUCGCAUUUGUCAGCUCGACCUCUACUCUAGAUACCGAUUUCUACGUCAAUCUAUCCAACAAGGAUGGAAAGGCUGUCAUGGAGGCCGACGAUUUAGAGGGAAGCCUAAAGGGCCUUGCUACUGGCUACGGUCAGUCCAAGUGGGCAAGCGAAUAUCUGUCACAGAUGACUACUUGGUCCGUCUAUAGAAGGGAUCUCCCGGAUAUCAGCAACACAGUCAACGCUGUCCCGGUAACGCGGGUCAGCCGCAUCGUGGUUGCCGCCACUUUCCACCUCUCCGGUGCUACCAAGGAGUCGCUCGCCGUAGCACAGGUCACCGGCCACCCCCGUGUGACUAUGAACGACUGGAUCGGCGCCCUUGAAGUCUAUGGAUACAACGCGCCGCUAAUCCCUUACUCCGAGUGGUCUGCCAAGGUGAAGAACUACGUUAAUGAUGCCGCAGAGAAAGAGAAGCACGCCCUUUUACCCCUGUUCCACUUCGUCGUGGGCAACUUGCCCGGGAACUCUAUUGCGCUAGAGUUGGAUGACGCCAAUGCGCUGGGGGCCUUGGAUCUCUACGUUGAGAAGCAAGGGGCACAGGGUGAUUCCCAAGCCUCGAGCAAUAUCAAUAUCCAGGUGUUGGGGACUUACCUGAAGUACCUUGUUACGAUCGGGUUCCUUCCUGGCCCAUCAAGGGAAAAUGGGGGCCAGCCACUACCAAAACUAGAUGGUGAUUUGUCACAAGUUUUGACUAGUAGCCAAUUCGGUGGUAGAUCUGCGAGAUCAUAG